UGUGACAAGCGUAAAACUUUUCAUCAACAGCCGCCAUCUUAAGUUGGUGAAAUUAGAAUUUUCCGUCGAAUUUUGGGACUCUUUAUUAGUAAUAGAGAACCAAUUUUUCAUCGUAGAAACAAUGAUUGGAUUAUCAUUUUCUUCAAAAUAAUAUUUUUAUUGGAAUUUAUCAGUUUGAUUAAGAUUGUAAAUAUGUGAAGCGAUAAUCACCGGAAUAUAUCGGCUUUGUGAAAAAACCAAAAUGGAAAACUGGUAAUUCUGUGAUGUAAAACGAUUUACACUGACCCUUCAGACAUCAUGGCUUCAAUUGCAUUACAUAAAUUGAAUUUAUUUGCAUUUUAUCACAUAUUGGAUUGCGGAUCAUAACAUAUUUUGAAUAUUUUUGCGUUGUCUGCACCAGGACCAAAGACUGAACAAGCAAAUUACCAUCAUGGCCGACCAGUUCUCUUCCCUAGAAAAUGUCGAUGGGCCACCAGCAGCAAAGCGCCAGAAAACAGCAUUAAGCGCAUCCUCAGAUGGAGGUAAUUUUAGUUACAGUCAAAGCUUAUUUGAUAUGGUGAAUGAUCUCCCAGAUGAACUCUUGGGACCUAGUGAAAGCUAUCAGAACAGUGGAAAUGACAAUGAUACUCAGAACCACCUUGGUAAACAGGACUCGUCACAGAACAAACAUGUUCAGCUAUCAGCUCUAUUACAGAAUAAUCCAUCUCAGUCAAGUCCAGUUCCAAGCAGAAGUCCAAAUGUGAUGAAUAAUCCGGUUAAUAGCAUCAGAAGCCCAUUAUCAAAUAGUUUGUCUUCACCUCCACACAAUAGUAUGAUGGGUAAACCUGUAUCAGCUAGCAGUGAGUUAAACUUUGCUUCAAGUAGUGCUAGCUACAUGAUGUCAAAUACCAACACAGUCAAUAGUAUGGGAACAAUGGCAAGCAAUAAUGUGAUGAGUUCUCUAGGAUCUCAUGCAAGUUCUAUACCAAGUGGCAUGACAGGUUAUUCCAUAGCUCAGAGAAACCCAAUGAUGCAUAAUGGGCCUCAAUAUGCUGUAAGUGGUCAGGGACGUGGAACAGGGAUAGGCCAGCAACUGUCCAAUUUACCACAGUCAGGGAUGUUGAAUAACAUUAAUAACCCUAAUUUGCAAGCUCGUAUGAACAUGGUUCAUCCUGGAUUACAGCCAAAUGUUUCAAAUCAGUCACAGCUUAUGAAUCAGAAUGGUCCUGUUGGGAGUAGUCCUUUUGGUUUUACACAGAACAAAAUGAACAUGGGACAACCAGCAUCAACUGGGAGUUUCACUAGCCCAUCAAUGGCAUCGAUCAUGACAACACAUUCACCUAUGCCAGGCAACAACUUAGUUUCACAAAAUUCACCACAAGCUUCUCUUGGAGGAAUUAGUGGACAAUUAGGUGCUGGUUUAAAUGCUGGAUUACCAGGACCAACAGGUGGAGAUCGUCAGCCUCCUACAGCAGACCCAGACAAGAGGAAACUUAUUCAGCAACAAUUAGUGCUAUUGUUACAUGCUCACAAGUGCCAACGAAGACAACAGAAUAAUGGGGAAACAUGUGGUCUACCGCAUUGUAAAACCAUGAAAAAUGUUCUCAAUCACAUGACAACUUGUAAUGCUGGAAAAUCAUGCCAAGUUGCUCACUGUGCAUCAUCACGUCAGAUAAUUACACAUUGGAAAAACUGUACUAGAAGUGAUUGUCCAGUUUGUCUUCCAUUGAAGAAUGCCUCGGACCAGAAAAGACCAGGUGGGACCUCAGGGACAUCCAAUGUCCCUGGUAGUGUUUUAGCAGCUCCACAAGGAAGUUCUACUGCUGCUGCUGCUGCUGCUGCCGCUUCCCCAAGUCAACCAGUAACCACCACACAGAGUCUUCCAAAUGUAUCAGACAUUCAGAUGCAGAGGGCAUAUGCUGCUCUCGGAUUGCCUUACACUGGGUCACCAAGUCAGCAACCUGGAAGCCAACAAAGUCUUAACAUGAGGCCUGCUGGUUCACACUCGCCAGGAUUAAACUCAAUUGCUGUAGGAAAUCAGUCAAACAGUUUAUCAAGCAUAUCAAGUGGUUCUAACAAUCCAUUGGGAAAUUUAGCAAGCAUUGAAAGUUCAAGUCCAGCUCCAAAUAUGGCACAGGCAGCUCGGGGAACAAAGGAAUGGCACCAAAGUGUAACCCAAGACUUAAGAAAUCAUUUGGUUCACAAAUUAUUAUCAACAUUUGACAGGGUCCAAGCCAUAUUUCCAACACCGGAUCCUGCUGCAUUGAAGGACAGAAGAAUGACCAAUCUUGUUGCAUAUGCCAGGAAAGUUGAAGGUGACAUGUAUGAUACUGCCAACAGUAGGGAGGAGUAUUACCACCUGUUGGCUGAAAAAAUUUAUAAAAUUCAGAAAGAACUUGAAGAGAAAAGAUUACAGAGAAUGAAAACUGCACCUACAAGACCUCCUGGUCCAAAUGGACCUUUGAUCAAUGCUGGUGGUUUACCACAACAAAAUCAGCCAUUUGGAGCUCCUCGUGCAGCCUUAGGUUUGGAUCAAAAUACUCUUACCCAGCAGUUGGGAACCUUAAAUCAACAGCAACAGCUGCUUAAGGCUCAACAAAUUGAUAGCAUCAAAAACAGAUUUCCACAACCACAACAAACUAUCCCUCAACCACGACCACAACUUCCCCCAUCUCCAGCAUCAGUCAGCCAACUGACUCAGAGAAGUCCUGCUCCAGCAUCCAGUAUUCUGUCACAGUUCUCACCACAGCCCCUGUUGUCACAAAACCCUACAUCAGUAUCAUCACAGUUGUCAUCGUCUCAGUCAUUAGAAAAUUUACAUAAUGCAUUACAAGCAGACAAGCUGAUGUCAGCAGAUAUAAAUACUAGUCUCAAUCAAAAUGGUGGUAGUCAGCCCCAAACAUUAGUAGAUGUACUGACAGCUCCAUGUACAACAGGUUCUACACAGCCAACCAGUACUGCACCAGCUACAUCUACAACAACAGUAACCACUAGUGCUAGUAACAGUCUCAUUAACUCUACCCCAAUUACUAAUUCUAUAGAGCUGGAUGUUAAACCAGAUAUUAAACAAGAAGUCAAGAUGGAAAUUAAAACAGAGCAAGACAUUAAACAAGAACCUGGAAUUCAUUGUGGAAAAGAGAUUUCACAGUCAUCUCAAAUAAAAACAGAAAAUGAUGGCUGCACAAGUGAUAUAAAACCUUUGAUAUCUCCGAAGACUGAGGUUACAACCAAUGAUACUGAAAAUAGUGAAACCAAACCAAGUCCAAUGGAAACAGCAUCCAUGUCACCAAGCAUUCCUGUAUCCACACCGUCAUCAACUCCCAACAACACAGUUGCUGUAUCAUCCAAACCAAGAUGCAAAAAAAUAUUUAAACCUGAUGAAUUAAGACAAUCUUUGAUGCCGGUGCUAGAGAAGUUAUAUAAGCAAGAUCCAGAAUCUAUGCCAUUCAGACAACCAGUUGACCCAGUCUUAUUGGGAAUACCAGAUUACUUUGACAUAGUAAAGACUCCAAUGGACCUGUCGUUGAUACGAAGAAAGUUAGAUACAGGGCAAUAUGCUGAUCCAUGGCAGUUCUGUGAUGAUGUUUGGAUGAUGAUGGACAAUGCAUGGCUGUACAAUAGGAAAACUUCAAGAGUUUACAAAUUUGCUUCAAAGCUUGCUGAAGUGUUUGAGGGUGAAAUUGAUGCUGUAAUGCAAUCAUUAGGUUACUGUUGUGGAAGGAAGCAUGUUUUUAGUCCACAAGUACUAUGCUGUUAUGGCAAACAACUUUGUACCAUAUCAAGAGAUGCUGUUUACUAUAGUUUUCAAAAUAGAAAACGGACAAAUGGGCUUUAUUCUGACAGAUACAUAUACUGUGAAAAGUGCUUCAAUGAAAUCCAGGGUGAUGAAGUGGAAUUGGCAGAUGACCCCACACAACCUGCUACGAGAAUUAAGAAAAAUCAGUUUGAAAGAAUGAAAAAUGACCAGUUGGACUAUGAACCAUUUGUUGAGUGUGAAGAAUGUGGAAGAAAGCUGCAUCAAAUUUGUGUGCUUCAUUUUGAACAGAUAUGGCCUAAUGGAUUUACCUGUGAUAAUUGUUAUAAAGCCAGAGGAUCAAAAAGAAAAGAAAACCGGUAUUCUGCCAGAAAUAUACAAAUGUCAGGACUACCACCUACGAAAUUAGGAACAUACUUGGAAAAUAGAGUUAAUAAUUUUUUACGAAAAAAGGAUGCAGGUGCUGGAGAAGUUUUUAUCAAAGUUAUAUCUUGUACAGACAAAGUUGUAGAGGUUAAACCUGGAAUGAAAGCAAGAUUUGUUGAUAAUGGUGAAAUGGUACCAGAAUUUCCAUACAGAGCAAAAGCGAUGUUUGCCUUUGAGGAAAUAGAUGGUGUUGAUGUCUGUUUUUUUGGGAUGCAUGUUCAGGAGUACGACUCCAAUUGUUAUGCACCAAAUAAUAGGAGAUGUUACAUAUCAUAUUUAGACAGUGUACAUUUUUUCCAACCAAGACAACUCAGGACAGCAGUUUAUCAUGAAAUUCUUAUUGGUUAUUUAGAAUAUGCCAAACAAAUGGGAUUCACAUGGGCACAUAUUUGGGCUUGUCCACCAAGUGAAGGAGAUGAUUACAUUUUUCAUUGUCAUCCACCAGAACAAAAAAUUCCAAAACCCAAACGUCUACAAGAAUGGUAUAAAAAGAUGUUAGAUAAAGCUAUUAUUGAAAGAUGUGUGAUUGAUUAUAAGGAUAUUUUAAAAGAUGCAAUUGAAAACAAUAUAAAAUGUGCCACACAGAUACCAUAUUUUGAGGGAGAUUUCUGGCCCAAUGUUUUAGAAGAAAGCAUUAAAGAGUUGGAUCAGGAAGAGGAAGAAAAGAAGAAACGUGAAGAGGCUGAAGCUGCAGCAGCAGAACAAGCAAGUGUUGAGGAAGUUGUUGAAGGAGAAGCUGACAAUCCUAAUGGUGCUGGAAAGAAGAAAGGAAAGGGUGGUAGAAAACAAAAGCAAAACAAAAAUAAAAACAAUCAGCGGAAAAAUACCAAAAAGACCAAUAUGCCUCAUGGUGGAAAUGAUCUCACACAAAAAAUAUUCAGUACUAUGGAAAAACAUAAAGAGGUAUUCUUUGUGAUUCGUUUACACAGUCAACAAGUAGCUUCAACACUUCCUCCAAUUCAUGAUCCAGAUCCUUAUAUUUCUUGUGAUUUAAUGGAUGGCAGAGAUGCAUUUCUGACAAUGGCUAGGGACAAACAUCAGGAAUUUUCAUCUUUGCGUCGUGCAAAAUAUUCAACAAUGGCUUUAUUGUAUGAGCUUCAUAAUCAAGGAAAAGACAAUUUUGUUUACACAUGUAAUACUUGUAAAGCACAUGUGGAAACUAGAUGGCAUUGUACUGUUUGUGAAGAUUUUGAUCUGUGUACAGCAUGUUAUGAAAAAGAAGGUCAUUGUCAUAAAAUGGAUAAACUAGGUUUGGAUCUUGACGACGGUUCAUCCCCGAAUGAUAAACAGGAUGAUCCUCAACAAUCUCGCCGUCAAUCUAUUCAACGUUGUAUUCAAUCAUUAGUGCAUGCAUGUCAGUGCAGGGACGCAAAUUGCAGACUUCCAAGUUGUCAGAAGAUGAAGCGUGUUGUAUCUCAUACAAAGUGUUGUCGGAAAAAGGCUAAUGGAGUUUGCCCAAUUUGCAAACAACUUAUAGCAUUGUGUUUGUAUCAUGCAAAGCAUUGCACAGAAAAUAAGUGUCAAGUGCCAUUCUGUUUACAGAUUAAACAUAAAUUAAGGCAGCAACAGUUACAACAUAGACUUCAACAAGCGCAAAUGUUGCGGAGGCGAAUGGCCUCAAUGCAGCGUACUAUGACACCUAGUGCUCAAAACACAACACAACAAUCGCCUGCAGCAACAGGAAUCCAACAACAACCAGUUCCAUCAAAUUUCAGUUCUGGUAAACCUGUGGCUGGACCUCCAGCAGCUGCUUUACAAGCUGCAAUGGCUGCUCAAGAGGAGGCUUCUCGUCAAGCUAGUCUUCAGUCAGGUGCAGCUAGUGUGGCUACCAUGCCCCCUCCACAAGUGCAAGCACCAGCUCAAAAGGUACCAGUGAACACUGCAAUGAAUAACUCUAAAGUGGUCUGGCCGCCAAAUUCAACCUAUCAAACAAUGCCUCAAAAUCCCAUGAAUCCACCACAAAUGAGACCGCCAAUGCAGCCAAAUCCUAUGAAUUCUGGAAUACAAAUGCAGCAACAAACACAGCAACCGGUUGCUGGAGUACGACCAGGAAUGCCAAAUGCUGGUCCUCAAAGGCCGCAGCAGCAUGCUUUAGAACAAUUAUUAAGAACUUUAAAAUCACCCAACUCGCCGCAGCAGCAGCAACAAGUGUUACAAAUUCUUAAGUCAAACCCCCAUCUCAUGGCAGCUUUUAUCAAACAGAGAACUCAGCAGCAACAAGGUCAGCCUGGUCAACACAAUAUGAACCAGUCAAACCCAAACAAUAUAGCACAGUCACAGCAACAACAACAACAGCAGCUUUGGCAACUUCAACAACAGAGAUUAAGAAUGCAACAACAACAACAAAAUCAACAGCAUCCGGGGAUGCCGAUGAAUCAACAAUUUCAGCAACAACAACAGUUUCAACAGCAACGACCUAGAAUGGCUUACAAUCCUCAAUAUACAGAAAGCAACAUUCAACAGUUUCAACCACAAAUGCAGAAUGCACAAAUGAUGCAACAGCAUCAGUUAAGACAACAUAUGGCUGGAGGUAAUAAUCCCCAGCUUUCAUCUCAACAAAAUGUGGCAUCACCAAACUUCAUGCAAUCAGUGCGAUCACCUAAUUCAUUACCACAGACUGUGCGAUCACCACAACCUAACCAAUUAUCUCGGCAGCAACUUAACCCAUCACCUCGCCAACCUCAAAUGUCAUCACAUGUCAGUCAAUCUCAUCCAAAUAUGAUGGGUACAGAUCCAAAUCAAUUACAUUCUGAUCCUAAUUUAUUAUUAGGAUCUUUGCAGGGCCAAGGGCCAGACCCUGGUCUCUUGCUACCCAAUGACAAUGAAGUGCAACCUUUGACCCCACAAGACCAGUUGACUAGAUUUGUUGACACAUUGUAGCAUUAGAUGUCAAAUUAGUUCAUUAUUUUAUACAUUGGCAACAUGUCAGGAUGCAAAAUUAUUAUUUAUCAAGAAAACAUUUGUUUUCAGUUCAGAGAUUUAUGAAUAUAUUUGUUUGUUAACAAACAAGAAAAUAACAUGGUGUUAAAAUAUUUGAAUGUUUUAAUAUAUUUAAUUUUAUAAGUAUUCAAAUGUUAUAUGUGUGCAUGAAUUGACUGAAAGUGUAUUGUUGUAUGCAAGUUGUUAAUUUGAUAUGUGUAUAUGUGUGGUGACUUUAAAUGCAGCACUCCAGCUGGCAAACAUUGAAAAUGAAUAAAUUUUUACGCCAUUAGUUGUAAGGGGUAAGAGAAUUGUUUGUCACUUUUUUUUUUAGGUUCUUUUUUAAUUUUAAGACCAAGUCAUUAGUUCAUCAGAUCAUGCAUUCAGUUCAUUGCAUCAAAAAUGUACAGUUGUAAAAAGGAAAUUAAAUUUAUAUAAAUUUCUCUCCAAAAAGAGGAAGUUGUUUGUAAAUAAUUAUCCACAGUCAGACAGUGUAUACAUUUUCAUUGUUGAUAAUUUUAAGAGUAGAUUGAAGUUUGUACAUUUUUUGUAUUUUUGUCAUCAUCAAAAUGAGAUGUUCACUGGGAAAGCUUUCAGUGCUGUGCUGGAGAACACAAAAUUGUGUAUAAAUACAGUCAUAAAAUUGAUAAA